UGUUAGAGCUUCCUAUCGAGUAGAGAAUAUGAAGUCUGAACUGGAUUUAUAUUUAGAUGAGAACUUGAUACCUAGGACUGAAGAGUCAUUUGAUAUAUGCAACUACUGGAAGGUGACGGGCCUCAAAUACCCUUUGUUGAGUAUGAUUGCCAAGGAUGUAUUUGCUGUGCCUGUUAGCACUGUUGCUUCGGAAUCUACAUUCAGCACUGGUGGUAGGCACGUGAGUUCACAUCGAUCGAGACUUCAUCCUUCUACAUUAGAAGCAUUAGUAUGUACACAAAAUUGGUUGAAGACUGACAAAAAAGUGAAUGAUGAAGAUAAUGAUGUUGAUCCAACAAUGGAGCCUUACGUAGUUGAUCUUGAUGAUUAGAAAGUACAUUGUUCUUUUUAGUAUAUGAGUGAGGACAUGGAUGAGAACAAAUUGUAGUGUUUAGUACUUAUAGUUGCUAGUUAUUAUAUUUGAGUUUAUGGUUGGUAGUUAUUAUUGAUGUAUUAAAUAUUGUUAGGAACAAAAGUACAAUCUCAAACUUUCCUCUAUUAUGCAUAAUUGAAUCCCUCAUUUAUUCAUUAUAACAUAAUUCUCUUCAUUAAAAAUAAAUUGACUUACAUAAUUAUUACAAUAUUGAUUUUAAAACGUAAUCAAACAACAUAAUAUUUCUCUCAUUACCCAUGACUCAAAACAAGACAAAACCAAAGAAAAAAGAAAUCUCUUUUAAUAAGGCAUGUCAUAUUGUAAUAGUAUAAUAGUUAUAACUAACCACUAUCUAAUAAUAAUAAUAAUUUUUAGAACGAAAAUAAAAAGAAAAGAGGGCAAAUAAUAAUAAUAAUCAAUGGUGGGUUUUGAUGCAUUAUCUAUUUUCUCAUCAAAUUUUCUCUCUCUCUAAAAUAACAUAAUAAAUAAAAAAAAAGUGUCUAUAAUGAA